CUGGAACAGAGCGGCGCUUUACCGCGUUAAGAAGUUUACCAAGUGAAAACACCACUAAUCAUUAAAGAAUAUUUGGUUCACCUACCACCGAUGACGGGCUGCUUCUAAAAGCCACCAUCUGCUUAGGAACAAACUCACUUUUAUAAAGAAGAAGCAUGCAGUGCUGGCCUCCACUCAGGAGGGGGCACUGCUGCUAGAAGAAAGGGGAUGUGGAGAGUGAACUGAUCUGACCAUGGAUGACUUUACCACACGUAGCUACGGCACAAGUGGCCUGGACAACAGACUUCUGUUUGGGGAGACAUCGGCAAGGGAUAGGAUCAUCAAUUUAGUAGUUGGUGGACUUACAUCUCUUAUUUUGAUAGUAACCAUUAUCAGUUCCUUCGUCUUUCCCAGUCUUCCUCCGAAGCCGCUGAAUAUUUUCUUUGCUGUCUGCAUCCUGCUCAUGUGUGGUUCAGUCAUGGUUCUGAUAUUCUGGUACCGACAGGGAGACUUGGAGCCCAAGUUUCGCAACCUGAUCUACUACAUGCUCUUCUCCGUCGCCCUGCUGUGUAUCUGUGCCAACUUGUACUUUCACGAAGUGGGUCAAGACAAACCAAGCAAUGCCUUACGAUAGGAACAUGAAGAACUUUUGCACGGUGGAGGAAGGGACCGGUCCAUGCGGGCCAUCCAGAACGAUAUACUCGGACUUGUCAAGUGAGAGUUUUCCUAUGGAGGCUUUGAACAGUCUUCCUCCAGCCCCUGUGGAGGAGGGACCGGCCCGCCUUUCGAAAUGGACCAAGCGAAUUACAAACACAAACCUCCAUAAUCAGUAGCACACUGGGAGUUUAUGCAGAUAUUUUGCCCCCAGGUUGCUAUACGCAUCUUGCAUAAUUAUAUAUGCCAAUGGAAUUAUGAAUCAUGAAUUCUCAGAUAAGCCAUGGUAAGGUUGCAUAACGCUUUUGUAUUUGAACAUGGCAUAAAGGAGGUACAUUUUCAGCUGAGACUAUUUGCAUUUUUGAUGAUAUAAAAACAAUCCUGAAGUCAUAGUUCUUAAGGAAAAGAAACGGCAGCGAUCAUGAGGUGUUGCUUGGAUUUGUUCGUUUCUAAAUCACCACACACUGUGCCAUCGGACUUGCUGAAGACCAGCAAUUACUGACGUAAGUCAUUUCUAAUGUGUAUUUUAUGUAAGAAAUGAAUCCACAUUCCUGUUUGCUGCGCUCAUGUUUACUCUUGAUAUACAAGGAUGUUUUGUCAUAUCAAGAUGAUUUAGCUCAACUAGUUAUGCUCAUUACAUUAAAGUUGUUAUUCCUACACCAAAUACUGCAUGAGGGAAAUACAAGACUAGCUACUUUUGUAUCCAGCAAGCAAUGCAAAAAAGUGAAGCAACUGGCUGUUUACUUGCUGCUAGGAACUGAAUGUAUUCUGAAGUCCUUAGUGCUGAAUUUUUAUGCAAACAGAUGAUUGGUCUGCUUUUACAGUCUUUCCCUUUGGCUCCAAAAGGUAUUCGUGUGUCAGCAAAACUUGGCAGGUCACCUUGCAACGACUGCCCCACUUCACCAUUUGAACACCCAUUAUCCAAAAUGGUGUUUCAUAUGAAAUUCAAUUAUAUAAAUCAGGUUUCCAUGGGAACUUCUGUACUCAAAAACAUUUUAAAGGCUGAAUAAAUUAGUUGAUAUAUUUGAAAAUAAGUCUCACCUUCUAUCACAUUUAUUCACCUCUCAUUUACUGUUAUCUUGUACCUGAAUCCCCUGAAAGACUAUAAAGUAGAUGGUACUUUGCAGUAAGGGGAAAAGGAUGAGACUUUUGUCUGUGCUUAAUGGGACAAAAUGAGUGUAGUGUAUCCUCCUAGUGUAGAUGAUAUCUUAAAUGAAGCCUGCAUCUCAAUGCAUUGAAGGAGGCAAGAGGAACAGGUAAGAUAAUUGAGAUGGAGCUGACGGGACCCAACGCGAUAAAUAUAUUACGGACAAGAUACGAGCGUGCAACUGGACACACCAGCAAUGUGACAAAUGGUGAAUGACAUUUUGUUUAUUCAAUAAAUAAACACAAAAACAGCAUCUCGCAUAGAAAAUGUAUCCCAUUGAUAAAUUAAUGGCUGUCCACAAGACUUUGUUUCAGUAACUGAACAUGAAACCAGUGCAUCUUGAAAAGUUCCAUAAAAUAAGAAUAGUAUGUGGGAGAAUUGUAUUCAGAAACACAUUAAAAUAUUUAUAUUUCAAAACAGUGUGAGAAUUGUAUUAAAUGCACCAUCAAAAACUUUACCUUCAUGUCCAUGUCAGAGUUAUGACAAAUGUAUAGAUUUUAUACUGGAGAAAAAAAAA